AUGCCAGUCUACUGGCAACAGCUUGGCUUGUCUCCGACUCAGAUCGGCAUCUUACGAGCCGUUUGGGGCGUGGCAUACUCCCUCGGCGGGGUCAUCUUUGGAAAAAUGGCAAGUAAGCGGAAGAUUCGCCGUGCGUUGCUGAUGAUGAGCAUUCUGUCCACGGCUAUUAUACCACUGGUGUCAUUAAUUCCAAGAAGAACACACGAUGAGUGCUCAGUGGAAUUGGGAAAGAACCUGGAUGAAAACAAACGUCGCAUUAUCACUCCUCAAGAGGGCAAAAAUUCCCCCCAUCCUAACGACGAGUGGAUCAAGUCUCAUGUCGAGAGUAAAGCGAACAAGAAUACGAAUCACCGUAACCAAACCCACGCUUUGCAAUCCCUUUUCCGUCGGGAGGAAAAAAAACCUGAAAUCCUGGAACAGUCUACCUCAAGACGUUCUCUACCACCGAUAAAGAGGCGCACUCCAAGGCAGGCACCUCUGGUUGGCGAUCAUGUCCUUAUCUUAGAAAAAAACCCGCAAGACAUCGACACCAUAUUUCUCAUAUUUUUGUUCAUUGUAUUCGUUGGGGAACUCCUCGCUUCUCCUGCAUUUGGUUUGGCUAAUUCUGAAAUUGUGGACUACCUUGGGGAAAAUAGCCGCGAUUUUGGCAAGAUCCGUCUCUGGGGCCCAAUUGGGCACAUUAUUGUUGUUCCCACCACAACUGUAUUUGUCACUCAUUACCAUUAUGUGAUUUGUGGCGAGUAUCAAGACAACUUUGCUGUUAUCUUCGCUGUCACUUCUAUCAUGGCUAUGGCUUCGUUAGUAUCUGUAACGCAGCUGGGAGAUCAAACGAUCAAGCACAGCGACAACACCGAAGGAAAUGGCAACGGAAAGCCUUUGACUUUAUUUGAGUUCUUCUCUCGAUAUCAAAAUUUCGUCUUCAUUGUCAUGACGUUCUUGAUUGGCUGUUUUGAUGGAGUUGUGGCAACGUAUGGGUUCUGGUACACCAAGACCUUAGACGUUACCAUCGCCACGCUGGUGUUUGGUUUCUCACGGAUGACUAGCUCUGCGGUUAGUGUGGUGUUCCUGGGCUUCACAAGCACGUGUGUGAAGAAGACUGGUUACUCUGGAAUCACUGUGUUCUCCAUGAUGCUGUUUUUCAUUUGGUCUGAGGGAAUGUCUCUCAUGAAAAACCCAUGGCUCAUGCUUCUUUUUGAGACUAUUUCCUACACCGCUUAUGUAACUGGUUUUACAGGCGUGAUCGGUUACUUUGGUGAAGUAACACCCAAUCAUCUGAUGGACACAGUGCAAGGAGGGGUUAACUCUUUGUUUCUCGGCGUGGGUUUCGGCGUUGGAACUGCCUUGUGCGGCUUUUUCAUCGAUGCAUUUGGCGCCGUAGAGGCAUUCCGGCUGUUUGCUUUGGGUGAAGCUGUACUAUUAGUGCUGUUUGUCGUCAACCAAGUUACAUAUUUUUGCCUCAAGAAGAACGAAAAAGAAGAAAAAACAAAACUGCUGGAAUGA